UUGUAAAUUCAAGUAGUGAGUUCAGAUAGUUCAUAAAAUCAAGAUAAAAUGAGCUUUUCUCCAUUUGACCGUGAAGUUCAUAUAUAAAAGGAAGUUGCUUGACAUUUAAACACACUAGUUUUGUUCAUUCAAAGGCUGGAAAUACUAAUGAUAUUCACAGACACAGACACAUAUAUGUAUUCCUCAUGAUGAUGCAUCAGUUGUUAUUUGUUUGAAAGAUCAGGCCUUUCCAAAUUAUUUAUAUGUUUAGCAUCCACAUAUCAGUAGAAAACUUAUUUAUAAAAACAGCCAAAAAAGUAUAGGAAACAAGAUGUGUUUGUGAAACACUGAUGUCCCCAUAGCAACAAAGUAAUUCUGACCAACGAAAGGUUCUGUCAAGGAGUACACAUGUGAAACACUGAUGUCCCCAUAGCAACAACUAACUUUAAAUUAUGGCUAAUAUUAAAGGUUUUCAAUAGUAAGGUCAAACCCCAUGCCAAUCUCAUUAAGUAAAAUAUUUGCUGCCUAUAUAAAGAAUGGUCUUUUUUAAAAACAAUACAUAUGUGAAAUAUAAAGCCCAGUAUUACUAACUAUUCAAUAUUAAUUUACGGCUAAGGUUAAAGUUUUUUUUAUAAGUAAAGGUAAAAUGCCAAGGUCAAGGUCACAAGGUAAAAAAUGUUGGUACCAAAAUAAAAGUCUUAUCACAAGGAAUACACAAUCAUGUGAAAUACAACAGCACUAUCACCAUCCAUUCAAACGUUAGCAGACCAUGCAGUUAAAUAACCAUCACAAAAUGUUACAGAUGAAUGGGGUCCAAACUUUAAACAACCAUGCUGAGAAUUCGGUGGACAGCACAGAAUCACGGGUUUGUAGCGGAAUGAAGAAGUGGCUGAACAGUGAGGCUGAGGGCUGCCACCCCAGGGACUGUUUAGAAGAGAUUGCCCGGGAGCAGGAAGUGGAUCUAACAGACAGGAGGUUUGCAGAGUAUAUGGACAGUAUUGACCCCCUCAGGAACUUCAGGGGGGAGUUUUGUUACCCCAAGAUGAAGGAACUAAACAAAACGGAUUUAAGCCUUGUGGAUCCGGAAGAGGACUGUGUAUAUUUCUGUGGAAAUUCACUAGGACUCUGUCCAAAAAAAGUCAAGGAAUAUACGCUCAUAGAGGUCGACAAAUGGGAAAAAACAGGGGUGGAAGGUCAUCGACAUGGAGAUUUACCCUGGGCAUUGUUUGAUGAGGAUUUCUGUGAAGACAUGGGCAAAAUUGUUGGGGCAAAGAAAGAAGAAAUUGCAGUUAUGAAUGGGCUGACUGUUAAUCUUCAUUUGUUGUUGAUCUCGUUUUACCGACCAACCCCCACUAGAUACAAAAUCUUAAUGGAGAGCAAGGCCUUUCCUUCUGACCACUACGCUGUGGAGAGUCAGGUAGAACUCCAUGGAUACGAUCCUAAAACAGCAAUGUUACUCAUCGAACCACGGCAGGGAGAAUCAAUUAUUCGGACGGAGGAUAUAUUGGCGAAAAUCGAGGAAGAGGGUGAGGAGAUUGCAGUCGUUUGUUUCAGUGGCGUUCAGUACUACACAGGGCAGGUGUUCGAUAUCCCCACAAUAACAAAGGCAGGCCAACGCAAGGGCUGUUACGUCGGAUGGGAUCUCGCCCAUGCUGCCGGAAAUGUGGAACUGAGUCUUCAUGAAUGGGGGGUGGAUUUUGGCUGCUGGUGCACCUACAAAUACUUAAACAGUGGGGCUGGUUGUUUGGGUGGUUUCUUCCUUCAUGAAAAGUACAAGGACAACAAUUUUCCCAAACUGAAAGGAUGGUGGGGUCAUAGAAUUGAAUCCCGGUUUGAGAUGGACAACAAUUGGGUUCCAUAUGUUGGUGCAUUGCAAUACAGAAUCUCCAAUACUCCUGGUUUUUUGGGUCCGUCAAUAAAGGCCAGUCUAGAGAUAUUCAACAAAACCAGCAUGCGAGAACUUCGAGCAAAAUCCCUUCUUCUGACUGGCUAUUUGGAGGUCCUCAUUCUCAAGAAGUACGGACAGCAGAACAAGUCACCACAGCAGAAUGGUCAGAAUGGCGAGGACUGGCAACAUGUCAGCGUGGAAAUUGUAACCCCCUCAGACCCCACACAGAGAGGGGCACAGCUCUCCUUGUCCUUCUCUGUUCCCAUAAUCCAUGUGUUUGAAGAACUCUGUAAAAGAGGGGUGGUGUGUGACGAGAGGAAGCCCAACGUGAUCCGUAUUGCCCCUGCGCCUCUCUACUGCUCUUUUCUAGACAUAUACAGAGGCAUGAAGUAUCUCGACGAAUCCAUUGAAGCUGCUGCUAAAUAUAGCUGAUCAUGUGACUAACUGAUAACUAACAUGUGAUAGCCGAUACAAUAAAAAACAAUGACAGUUCAGUGGUGGAUUUAGAGGGGUGGUCACAAACUCCCUUUGACUGAAUAUUCUAUAAUUUUGUGCCAUUUUGGGAUAUGCAAUCCCAGUUUUUGGUCACAAAAGCCCCCCCCCCCCUCCCCCUUUUUGAAAAUUUUCUGAAUCUGCCCCUGUAGUUCAUCUGUCCUUAGAAGAUUCUGAUUUUAAAUACAGAUUUGUUUCUCUGCUCAACAUUCCUGUUAUCAAUAUUUACAUGUAUGUUUCCCAUUCAUGGAAGGAAGACGUUGUUUUAGUCAGGUUUCUUCUGUGUCUAUUGUACGGUCUCUUCUCAUUUUAAGACAGGCUAGUAUUUAGUAAUCAUCAAAAGACCAUGUGUAACAUUCAGUCAUGACUGUUUACGACCUUUACCUUUUAUCAAAGGUCAAAUUAUUGAUUUUAUUGGUAUAUAGUUUACUUUCACUUGUAAAACAUAACUUGAUCAAUCCAUUUUACUAAUAUCAAUUAUCUUUAUAUGGUAUAAACUGAGUUGAUGUUAAAUUGUGCCAUACGAUGUCCUAGACAUGAUGUCACAAUACGUUUGGCUCCUCACUUUCCAUUUUGUUGUCAUGGCAAUAUUGCUCUUCAUCAUAUGAAAUUAACAUUUAUUAAAUUACAUAAUUACUUGAAAUCAGUUUUUUAAAUUAUAAGGAAAAUGAGAGUAAUUAUACCCCCCGCAACAAGUUGUGGGGGGGUGUACUGGAAUCGGGUUGUCCGUCCGUCCGUCUGUAGACGCAAUGGUUUCCGGGCUCUAAAGCAUUAUCCUUUCCACCUACCGUCACCAUAUCAUAUAUAUGGACUACCCAUGGGAUGAAGAUGUUCCCUAUCGAUUUUGGGGUCAAAAGGUCAAAGGUCACGUGCACUGGACAUCGAAGUAGCAAUAUGGUUUCCGGGCUCUAAAGCAUUAUCCUUUCCACCUACAGUCACCAUAUCAUACAUAUGGACUACCCAUGGGAUGAAGAUGUUCCCUAUCGAUUUUGGGGUCAAAAGGUCAAAGGUCAUGCGCACUGGACAUCAAAGUAGCAAUAUGGAUUCCAUUUACAUUCUUUAACGGCUUUUUUCAUCGCAUGGAGAUGCUGUGUUCCUAGAUACCUUUUGGAUCAUAAUACUGAAGUUUUACCUAUUACCAACACCCUUUGGGAGAUUGGGGUAAGCGGGGGGGGGUAUUCUUAGUGAGCAUUGCUCACAGUACCUCUUGUUUUUACUGAUUUUAUACGAUAUAAAGUAAGUAGGGACAUGGUUGAUAUAAGCAACUUUAUUACAUCAUUGAAAUGCUCUUGGAUUAAAAGGCUUAAUUACUAGGUCCAACUGUCAGAAACCAUGGAUGAAUAUUUUUUUGCCAUGUAUGGAAAUGAUAUUUUAAAGAAAUUAUAUGACUUUGGAGAUCGUUUUAUUGUGGAACAAUUAAGUGUUAAAAGCAAUGUUUUUUGGAAGGAUGUUUUUAAUGCUUGGUUUUUUUAUUUGAAGACUAGUCAAAAUCUUCCAAAUAUUAAAAAUAAUUUUCAUAAUAUUCCAGUGUGGUACAAUUCUAAUAUUAGAAUUGCGGGAAAACCUGUGUUUUAUGAGAAAUGGUAUGAAAAUGGGAUUAAAGCUGUUCAAGAUUUUUUUGAUACAGAUUGUAACUUCCAUACCAUAGAAAAAUUUCAGUGUUUAUACAAUCUUCAAGAAGUAUGUGUAAUGAAAUACAAUAGCAUUAUUACUGCAAUUUCAAACUAUUUAAAAUGUCUGUCAAUUGAUAGACACUCAACCAAACAAAAUGUUAAUCCAUGUAUGCCUAUAUUUUUUGAACCAGUUUUAUUACAUGAAAGAUGUUCUAAUAUUAUUUACAAUAUUUUAAUUGCAAAAGAAGAUAUCCCAACUUCUAUGGGCAAGUGGAAAACUGAACUAUCUUCAUAUGGAGUAGAUGAUAUUUCAGUGCAAGAAGUGUUUAAAAUUUGUUUCAAAACAUCUAGUGAUUCUUCUGUUCAGUGGCUACAGUUUAGAAUUUUACAUAGAAUUCUUCCUGUUGGUUAUUAUUUGUAAAACAUUAGUGUUAAAACAAAUGAUCUCUGUAGAUUUUGUACAAGUAAUAUUGAAACAAUAACACAUAUUUUUACUUCUUGUAAUAAGACCCAAACAUUGUGGAGUAAGUCUUCAUAUAUAUAGAAAAAUUUCAGAAAGAAUUGGUUUUAAUGUGUCAAAUAUAAUAUUUGGUGAAAUUCGACUGUCUUUAAAUAAUAAAGCUAUAAACUUUAUAAUUCUAUAUGCUAAACAAUACAUAUUUAUCUGUUUAAUGCAGAAUAAAGAACCAAAUCUUGUUGGAUUACUAUGUCAUUUAAAGUUUAAAUAUCAUGUAGAGAAAUAUGCUGCAAUUCAAACAUUUAAAAUACAUAACUUUGAUAACAUAUGGAUGAAGUGGGAAAAUAUUUUUGCAAUUGAUUACUUAUUACUACAUGUACUUGUCAUUAUUUUUAGUACAUGUAUUAUUGUUAUUAUUAUUACUUUCACUAUUGUACAGCAAGUAACCUAAACCACAGGGAGAUUGAAGCAUGUAUGCAUGUAUGAAAGGUAUGUUUGUGUAAGUGUCUGAUGUAUUGUAUGUGACCAAAAAAAUAAAUAAAUUAUUAAAAAAAAAAAAAAAAAAAAAGUAGGGACAGGUUAUGCUCUUUUAUGUAUUUACUUUGUAUCGUAUACAAUGAGUAGUAAUUACUUUCAUUCCUUAAACAUUUAUGUCCACUCCACAACUCUUUCAUAGGUUCACUCAGUAUUUGAUGCAUUUGACUGACUUUAACCAUAUUCGGAAACCCAUGGUUGAUUAUGCUUCGUUCCAUGAUGGAGAGAGGAACGAAGCGUAAUCGACCGUGGGUUUCCGAUGAUGGACAAUAACAUGAAAUAUUUUAAGCAUAUAUGUUUGCUUCAGAUUUGUUUUUGUAAAUUUAGACAUUUUGAUACAUUGAUCGACUUGUUUUAUUGGGUAAUGAAUGUAGCAAACAUUGCAGAAAAAAAUCAACCCUAUGAAACAACAAAGAAAAAACAUUUUAUUGUAAAUAUAUAUAUAAAAGACUAAAAUUGAUAAUUUUACUGAAAUUUCCAUACUUGAUGUAUAUUCUUUGCACAUCUAGAAUAAAUGAUUGUGUUGUGUU